AUGAAGCUGCAGCAAUUGCUCGCUGCCACUGUCUGUGGGGUAUCCACCUGUGCCUCGGCAGGUGUGGACGAAGCCACGCAGUUUACUCUGACCUAUGGAUACCCGCUCCUCCCACUCGUCCACUUCGCCGUCCCCAUUCUCGAAGAGGUAAAGGGCACCAAUCGCUUCAAACAUAUGAGAGAACUAGCCACAUCAGCCUUCCACGACGUUGUGCGCCCCAAUGUGGACACUUUAUACUCGACUGCUGUUAUUGAUCUAUCGCACCAUGACGUGCUUGUUGACGUCCCCGUCGUCGAGGAUCGGUACUGGGUGUUUCCUUUCUACGAUGCGUAUGCCAACAACUACGCCAAUAUCGGCAGCGUGACGAACAGCACAGCUGGCACGUAUAUCUUGCGGUAUAACGCAGACCAUGACCACAAGCCCGGUGUCCAGCUCUGCGGCGAGAAAGAGAAAGGUUCUCGGGUGAAGUGCGACAGGCACAUCCAGGGCUAUGUCAACGCCCCAACACCAUACGGCAUCAUCGUCACCCGGUACGCCGUCAAAGAAGGCACCCCGGCAGACCUGGCGCAGCUCCAUGCUCUGCAGAACCAGUCCCAUCUCCACGCUGUCGAGAAGAAGAUCAAACAACCCACCGCACCACCUCUAACGAUCUCCAUGCUCAACUCCUCCCUAUCCUCCGACCCAGCAACCAAGCUCAUGCAACUAACAGCCCGCAUCGCACCGCACAAUCCUCCGCGCGACAUCUCAGACCGAGCCCGGGUAAACCGCAUGCUGAAAGAAGCCGGCGUCCACCCAGACGGAAGCUAUCAGCCACCUCACGGCGUCAACCUGACAGCCGCGUACACCGCCUCUCAGAAGGAGAUACUCACUGCAGUAACUCUACCCCAGAACCACAUCACCAUCAACCACGGCUGGAACAGUCUGGCACCCUCGGCGCAGGGUGACUAUGGCACGAACUAUGCAAUGCGCGCAUUUGUAGCUUACAGCGGGUACCUUGGCCUCGACGCAUCGCAAGCUCUAUACCCAUCCUACAACGCAGGCACAAAUAGCACGACCCUACAUCUAGCCCCGAAACAGGCGUACAUCUUCACCUUUGCUAGCAAGCCGCCGCUGGACAAGACCGGGUUCUGGAGUCUGACGGCCUACGACGCGGAACAGUAUCUCGUUCCCAAUCCGCUGGGUCGGUAUGCCCUGAACAAGCAGGGGAAUAUCACUUACGCCGAUGGAUCGCGCGUUUAUGGUGACGCAAGUGCCUCAUCCCGUGAAGAUGGCAGUUUCCAGCUGCUCGUCCAGCCGGCGGAUGUGACGCCUCCGAAGAAUUGGACGGCGAAUUGGCUCCCGGCUCCGAAGGGCGGAGGGGACUUGUAUCUCAUGCUCCGGUUCUAUGCUCCGACAGAAGGCCUGCGCAAUGGUUCGUGGAGUUAUCCGGUGGUGCAGAAGGGGAAUGCGAUAGAGGCAUGA